UCGGAUCCUUCGUCCGACCCUCCGGCACCCCACCGCCGGCAGCGCAGUUACUCCCCUCUCCUCCCUCGCCAUCCAUCCUCCUCCACUCCACAGUCCCCCUGUUCGCUGUGCAGUGCAUGCCACUCCCGUUUCAACAAGUUCACCAGUGCCGUGAAGCCCACACCACACGGCCCCGCAGAAGCAUUGCAUUUGCCACCCCCACACCGAAUUUAAUCGUCGGCGACGCGGCCCUGUGCGCAGGAUGCUCUUUGCCUGCCUGCUACUGUUCACCUCUGCUCAUAUAGCGCGCGGCUAGCAGAGCAGCUUCAGCUUCUGGAUCGACAACGCGUGCGAUGUAGCAGUGGCUAGCUAGCUAGCUAGUUGGCAAACAGUGCUAGCUAGGCACGCCGCCGGCGCCGGGAUCCGAUCCAUCCAUGACGGGUCAUCAGGAAGAAGAAAAGGUAGAGCACAAGGGCGGGGCGGUGGCCGGACGACGGCAAGGAUCGAGCGAGAACAACAACGACGCCAAAGACGGCGCACCCGAGGCGGCGCCGUGUGCGCCCAAGGCGCCUGCUGCCUUGCCGAUGCCGCGCCACCGGCGGUCCAAGAGUGCAUCUUCCGACAGGAACGCGGAGGCAUGCAAGCAUGGACCGUCGCGUGGCCCCGUGGAGCAACAGCAAUGCUCCGGCCAAGCACAGCUUGCCAUGGUCACUCCCUGCUCCUCCAACCCCAAGAAUCAGAACCCGCCGGACGCGAGGAAGUCAUUCGCGAUUCCGCCGGCGGCAUGCUCAGUUCACCGAGGGCCGCGAGACCAAAGGCCGAACGCGUCGCCCAACCACCGCGUGUCCCUGGAGAAUGAUGUUAGGCAGCUGCAGCUGCAUUUGCAUCAGGAGAGGUCUAUCCGGGUCAUGCUUGAUCGGGCCAUUGGCCGGGCGUCCAGCACAUUGUCUCCUGGCCAUAGGCAUUUCCCAGCCCAGACAAAGGAACUGAUAGCAGAGAUUGAAUUGCUCGAAGAGGAAAUCGCCAAUCGUGAGCAGCACGUUCUUACUCUCUACAGAAGCAUCUUCGAUCAGUGCGUGUCUGGGCCAUCGUCUGGCCAGAGUUCUGGUAUUUCAUCCCCUGCGCACACCAAAACUAUCACUGCUAGGACAAGAAGGCAGCCAAGCAUAAUAUCAAGUGCAUUUUGCUCAUCCAAGAAGCUCCCACUUCAGCCCUUCCACAUCAUGGAGUCACUCUCCGAAUCUGGAAGGACCAGGAAUAUGCUCAAGGCUAAGAUCAAGCACCAAUCUUUUUCAAGUGAAACAUUGGAUAUUCAUCCUACUUCCUUCCCACCAGAUACCAAAAAGCUACCUUAUUCUGGGAGUGGCUCUCUGGCUCGCACUCUGAAAGAUCACCUUUAUCAAUGCCCAAGCAAAAUAUCUGAAGAAAUGGUUAGAUGCAUGGCAUCCAUAUAUUAUCUUCUACGCACCGAGGCACCAGAAAAGCCUGAAAAGGCCCGUUCACCAUUCUUGUCAAGAUCAUCAACAAAUGUCAUACUUCCUCGGAGGGUGAAUGGAGAGGAAAAUAGCACAUCAAACAACAAAUAUACAGUGGAAAUAGCUUCCAUAUCAGUUGACAAGAAUCAGAUGCCAGAUGUCUCUUAUGCGAUUACCCAUUACAGAUUGCUUGUGGAACAGCUUGAAAGAGUUGACCUGAGCAUGUCGGAGAACAGUAUUAAGUUGGCCUUCUGGAUUAACGUGUACAAUUCUCUUAUCAUGCAUGCGUAUUUGGCAUAUGGGAUUCCAAACAGCUCUCUGAAAAGAAUGGCACUGUUUCACAAGGCUGCCUACAAUAUUGGAGGACAUGCCAUUACCGCCAAUUCCAUUGAACACGCCUUGCUGUGCUUCAGAUCUCCACGAAUCGGUCGUUGGUUCGAGUCCAUUCUCUCGACGGCUAUGCGGAAGAAAUGCCCGGACGAGAAGCAGCUGGUGCAGCUCAAGUUCGGCCUGCAGGACUGCCAGCCUCUGGCCCUUUUCGCCCUGUGCACCGGUGCUUCGUCUGACCCCAUGCUACGGGUGUACACGGCGAAGAACGUGAUGGAGGAGCUGGAGCGUGCCAAGCGAGAGUUUCUGCAGGCGACGGUGGUGGUGCGCAAGUCCAAGAAGAAGGUGUUCCUGCCGCGCCUGGUCGAGCGGUACGCGAGGGAAGCGUGCGUGGGCCCUGACGACGUCCUCCCGUGGGCGCAGCGGGAGGGGGGUGUCAGCGUCAGCGCCACCGCCGACGAACGGCCGGCCGUUCAGCGGGGCGUGGGAAGCCGGCGCAAGGCCGUGCAGGCCGUCGAGUGGCUGCCGUACACCGCCAGGUUCCGCUAUGCCUUCGCCAGGAGCAUGGUCGACAAGCCACACUGCUAGCUGCCUCGCAUCGCAUCGCAUCGAUCGCACGCCAUCCUCGCAGCUGGGUGCCGUUUGGCCCGUUUCCGCUGGAGGAAGACGUAUGAUCGCUGUGAUGCAACGAUGGUGAUGGAUGGCUAGAUGUAAAUGUCUCGUUGAUGCUGCACUGUUGAUGGCUAGAUAGUACUAUUCCGUAGUAGCAAGCAAGUGGCAUGGGACGAAGGGUUUAGCUAAUUUUGCCCAAGGUGUACACAAGCUGGGUUGACCACUAUAAUUUCAGUGGCGGGUGAGAGAGGGGUCAGUGAGGGCUAGCACUCUCUCUCUGUUUUUUAGCAAUCUCUCUUUCUCUCCUGCAGCGGGCGGGGAGUGGGCCGGUUGGGCUGCGCGCGGGAAGAGGGACGGGGCAUGGGGCAGGCCUAGCUGGGCCAACUGCUGGCUGCUAGGCUGCUUUCUUCUCUUCUAGUCUUACAUCGUUGUGGGAGGUGUUGUUAUAAAACAUGUUGCCAGCGGUUGGAAUCUUUC